AUGGCGAUUGCAUUACUGCUUUUAGCAAGACGUCCAAUAAUAACUCAAUGUAUGUCCGUUCUUGCUAAUAUUGAAAGAACUGGACAGAAGAGAGAGCUCUAUCGUUUUAUAACGGAUUCAUCCGAACCAAACUCCACAAGAGUAGAUACGUUAUGGCUUAACCAAAAGGAUUACAAUUAUAUUAACGUCACAUUCGCCGCCUAUUAUACAGGACCAGAGAAUCUAGCAGUUCCAGAAUAUGUCAAACGGUUCAAAUUUGGAAUUACUUCAGGGAAAAUUCAGAUUGAAUUAUGGAAAGUUGAUAGAGAGGAUCAAAACAAACCUUUUGUGAGCCAAAAUGAGACCCAAAGCUGUCUUUUCGAACCUGGAUCACGUAAUCCAAAUGACAAUGUUUUUCAGUGUAACUUCACGGAUGAAAAUUUUGACAGGCUUUUGGAAAACGGCGACAAUUUAACAUUAACUGUUAUUGCUGAAAACGGAGGAUAUCGAGAACUUGAAGGACCGGGAACUCUGAAAAAGGAAGAUUUUUUUAUCGGCCAAAAGGCCUCAAAAUCAACAAUGUUUCGUUUUGAUUUCGAGAAACCUCACCAUUGCCCUCAAAAGGGAGACUGUGCAGAAAAAGCUUUGGAUGUAACAGAAGAUAUAACAAAGUCCCCGAUAACAUUAAUUUGGAACAACUGGAUGGAUGAUCUCUCAGGACUAAAAGGGUACAAACUACAGGUUUAUUUGCUAAAACCGAAUACAACAUACCUUACAGAGCCCUAUCCGUGGAACCCACUUGAAGAGAUAGUCAUUAACGACAACAAUGUCAAUUAUAGGUAUAGGUACACCCCCCAAAAGGCAGGGAUGUAUUCCUUUAUUUUAAACGUAAUAGACAAAGCCAACAAUACACAGUACGCCCGCACCCUUGUCUUGUAUGAUCCUUCAUCAAGCAUCACUCUGUCGACUUCACCGUUCAUUGCGACAAGUGCAGAACCAGAGACAAACUACAUGUGGCAAAAUAAUCUCAAAAAUAACAUUACAGUAUCAUGGAAAGGACACUUUGAAAACAAAUUUCACGACACAAAUAAACUUCUGAAUCAGGUUUCACAUUAUCAACAUUUUGAUCAUAUUACCAAAUACGAAAAACAGGUGCCAGAGCAACUGGAUGAUAAGUCGGGGAAAAGAACCCUGUUACCUAUACAAAAUAUUCAUGGUAUAGUUAAAUUUGACUAUUUCUAUAGGAAUGGAAACCAAGGUAACAGCACUCCCGAUCGCGAGUCAUGGUUUUCAGUAAAAAAUAUAUUUUCAGAAAGUCAAACAUUCUAUAUAGACCGAAAAGAUGGAAAUGCGAUAAAUUUCUGGGUCAGAGCAACUGACGUCAUGGGGAAUGAAAAAGUAGACAUGACAAAGAUAUUCUUUGAUUCCACUCCACCCGGAGCAUUGGCAGACUCAGAUGUGAAAUUUACACGUAACACUAAAUCACCUACCUAUGACUUUUCGAGUCGAUUGCAGGUAGAUGCAAUUGAUAGAAAUAGCGGAAUUUAUAAAGUCUAUUUGGAGCUACUAGCAAACAGCAGCAACGAAUUAUUCCAUGAAACUGAUAUCAAAGGGAAUAAAUCUGAAGUUGAUGUUAGAAUAAAAGGAUACCAGAUAGAAACGGGAGAUUACUAUUAUUUUAGUCAUUAUUUUGACAUCAACAAUUGUUGGAUGGUGGUGUCGAAGGAAAAAUUCGCUAAUGAGUUUCUUUUGUUAAAUUUGACAGUAUAUAACAACGCAAUGGAAACUACCCAUUAUAGUAAGAUGAUUACAGAUUUAGCUUCACUUGACGGCAUAGAUGAGUACACUGGCCCUAAAAAUUUGACUGUGAUAGAGACCUAUGACAACAGUGUUCGUCUGAAAUGGAUCGUAUCUCCAACUUGUUACAAAAGGUCCAAGAUCACCCUGCAGUUCCGCUCAUCUAAUGGCCGAACAGAGAACCGAUUUAUCGACAAGGACGCAGACUGGGUGGAUCUGACUGGACUGAAUCCAGAAACAAGUUAUAACCUGUCUUUUAUCACAGAGUAUGGACGUCAGAGAAGUGAUCCUGUGUUUCUGCAUUUUAAAACUAACAAAGCACGACCAGCGUUGACAGUUGCUGCAAUAGCAGGAAUGUCCUCAGGGUUUUUUAUACUUGUUGUCAUAAUUGUUGUGAUGGUUGUCCUAUGGCGACUUGGACGUUUGUCAGUUGUACGUGAAGACAUUCGACGCCGGGCGACUGUAAUUCGAAGGAAUAUCACAAACCGAUUUUCAGCGAAUCCCAAUCAUGAUGUAGAUGACAUUUAUAUAUACGGCCAAAUGGAACUCAGUAAUACUGACAGAUGGAUUUUACCGAGCUCUAACAUUGUGUUGGAUGUCUUGCUAACAAGCGGAAGAUUUGCAGACAUAUAUAAGGCCAGAUACCAAAAGCAAAAUAACAAAGCUAAACAAAUUGUUAUUGCAAAGACUUUGAAAAGUGGAUUCACUGAAGAAAAUAUGCUGAUGAUGAGAGCAAAAAUUAAUUUUUUUGGCAAAGAAGUUGGGGAACAUCCAAACAUUAUCCAUUUCAUCGGCGCUGUCAUCGAUAACGAUGCGUUUGGACCAUACAUGGUUUUUGAAUACUGUACAAAGGGACAGCUUCGAGACUGGUUAUUACAACAGAGGAAUGAAUCAACAGACGACACGGUGGAAUCCUUAUAUCGAAUUAUUUACGGAAUUUCGAAGGGAAUGUUCUACCUUGAGACAAAAAAGCUGGUGCACAGAAGACUUGCAGCACGAAAUGUUUUACUGACUGAUGAACUAGAACCCCAGAUCUAUGGAUUUGGACCAGAGCCCCCCAAACACCAAGGCAACGAAGAGGACGGAGAUGGUACAUCUGAAGACAAGGAGCGAAUCCCUUUAAAAUGGACAGCCCCUGAAUGUUUUACUUCAAUGAAUGCUGCCAGCAUAAAAAGUGAUGUAUGGUCUUUUGGAGUGGUAUUAUGGGAAAUAUUUUCGUUUGGUGAAACUCCAUACCCGGGAGUACGAAGUAGAGAUGUUGUAACCCAGGUCAGAAAUGGACAUAGAAUGAAAAGACCAGAAUUCGCUAAUGACUUUUUUCAUGACAUUAUGACGAGAUGUUGGAACACUAAACCAAGAAGAAGACCAAGUUUUAAGGAUAUAUCAACGGACAUUGGAAAAACCUUCAAUGCUGCACCUUCUGAUGAAUAUUACUAUUACCGUGAAAAGUGAAACAUACCCAUGGAACAUUUCGACAGCGCUAUUCUUAAUAUACAAGAACAAAUGGGCUCAGUUAGAUACGAACCAUACUUCAAACUUUAAGUCAAAACAAAUUAAAUAACAUUUUCAAGUAAAACUUUUGAGCAACCGUACAGCUAAUCGUACAAGUAACUACAUGCUAUAAUUAUUUUUAUUUUUUUUUACCAUGUGUAUGGAACAUUAUGCUCCUUUUUUUAUUUCAUUUU